CUUUUAACCUCAAAAAAAAAAAAAAUUGGUACUCACUCACUACUCAGUACUAGAGUACCGCCUCAGGCUCCAUUUUUAUCAAAAACCCCACCGAUACAAAACAAACACAAAUCGUCUCUCUCUUCCUCUCUCUUCCUUUCUUUCUCUUUCUCUAAUGGCGAUGAUGGUGGAGAAUAGCUAUAGUUACGGUGGUGGAGGCACCGGAGAAAGGAUACAGUUAAUGGUGGAAGGUCAAGGCAAGGCGGUUCCGGCGCCGUUUCUGACCAAAACUUAUCAGCUUGUCGACGAUCCAGCGACGGAUCAUGUUGUUUCUUGGGGAGACGAUGACACCACCUUCAUCGUUUGGCGUCCACCGGAGUUUGCUCGUGACCUUCUUCCUAAUUACUUUAAACACAACAACUUCUCUAGCUUCGUUCGUCAGCUCAAUACUUACGGUUUCAGAAAGAUUGUUCCAGACAGAUGGGAAUUCGCGAACGAGUUUUUCAAGAGAGGAGAGAAGCAUUUACUCUGCGAAAUCCACCGGAGAAAAACAUCUCAGAUGAUACCAAACCAACACUCUCCGUUCAUAACUCACCAUCCUCCUCCGCCGCAGAUUCCAUUCUCCUCUGCCGGCGGCGGCCCAAGUUUCUUCCCUUUACCAGCGCGUGAGGACGACAUUUACUGGAGCGAAUCUCCGCCGCCGAGACCACGAGUCGUACCAACCACCGUGGAAGCAACGGUCACGGCAUUAACCGAAGACAACGAGAGAUUACGACGGAGCAACACCGUUCUAAUGUCGGAGCUUGCUCAUAUGAAGAAACUCUACAACGACAUUAUCUACUUUGUUCAGAAUCAUGUCAAGCCUGUUGCUCCAAGUAACUCUUACUUAUCCUCUUUCCUCAAGAAACAGCAACAACAACAACCUCCUCCUCCACAACUAGAUUAUUACAAUAAUGCCACUGUCACUAGUCUCCAUGCCUUGAACUCUCCUCCUACUUCUCAAAGCUCCAUUACUGUUCUUGAAGACGAUACUAAUCACGACAGUAAUACUAGAAAGACGAAGCUUUUUGGGGUCUCGUUACCUUCUUCGAAGAAGAGAUCACAUCAUUUCACAGAUCAAAGUAGCAAAACAAGACUUGUGUUGGAUAAGUCAGAUCUUGGAUUGAAUCUCAUGACUGCUUCUACACGUUAAUUAAGAGUCUUUCUUUUUAUUUUUGGAUUAAGUAUCAGCAUUAUUAACAGUAAUGUUGUAUCAAUCUUAAGGACUUUAUCUUUUUUUUUUGUUUGUUUUGUUUCUCUGAUUAAUUAAUAAUCUUUCUUCUAAUCUUUCUUUUUAUUUUUCCUUUUUAGUUUUUUCCUUUUUGUUUUGUUUUGAUUUCUGGGCUUGUUGUGUCUCAGGAAAAUGAGAAUGUCAGUGAUGUCUAAUGUAGAUAGGCUUUUAGGUUACUUUAUGCAUUUUCGAAAUUUUCAUGUGUAUCGGACCGAUCGAGUUUAUUAAUCCCUUUAUUUAAUGCUUUCUCGUCU